AUGGAGACGACAACAUGGCGGCAGAGUCGCAUACCCAUAGAGGAAACCCGAAAGACCAAGAACCAUCCAGUCUCACUUACCUCUUCGUUGCCCCUUCUCCUCCUUCUCACAGGAGGCAAGACAACUCCGAAGAAACAAGUAGAGAGCAAAAGCCAGAUAAAAGUAAUAUCCAGAGUGCUCCCCUUGGACUUGUGUUCCAGGUGGCUGAUGCUCAUCCAGGCAGCCUCAAGCCCCCUGAUGAAGACGAGGGACAGCGGGGACUGCACCAUGAACUCCGGCUCCUGCCUGAGCACCAGCACAGUGGCCGUCCCCACUGUCACUGGCAGCAGUGUGGCGCUGAGUGCCUGCAGCAGCAACACCAGUGCCCGCCCUGCCAGCUUGACGGACACUCGCAUGUGCUUCUCAAAGAAGCAAGACAAAGUGAAGAAGAGGGUCAUCUGGGGCAUUGAGGUGGCCGAGGUGCUGCAGUGGCAUGGCUGGACACUCGGGAAGGAGAUCACCAAGAGCCUGGCUCUGAAAAAUCUGUCCUUGAAAACCCAAAAGAUGACGUACAGGUCCCCCAAGACCAAGUUCUUCUUCACAGUCAUCCCCCAGCCCAUCUUGCUGAGCCCGGGCAUAACCUUCACACUCCCCAUUAUCUUCCGGCCUCUGGAGGAGAAGGAGUACAUGGACCAGCUCUGGUUUGAGAAAGAAGAGGGAAUGUUCUGUGUGGACCUGAGGGCCACCCUGCCUUGCCACAGUCUGAUCUGCCCACCGUCCCUGCAGUUGCCCAUGUGUGCCGUGGGGGACAUGGCCGAGGCCUGGUUCUGCCUGGAAAAUGUGGGGGACCUGCCCACCUUCUUCACCUGGGAGUUCUCUAGCCCAUUCCAUGUACUGCCCACCACGGGGCUGCUGGAGCCAGGCCAGGCUUCCUACACCAAGGUGACCUUUCACCCCCUUUUGGCCAUCAUCUAUGAAGUUCAGGCCACAUGCUGGUAUGGAGAGGGCAGUAAGCAGAAGAGCAGUAUCCAGUUGCAGGCUGUGGCCAAAUGCGCCCAGCUGCUGGUGAGCAUAAAGCAGAAGCGACCAGAGGACCAGGAUGCUGAAGGCAUCCAGAAAGUGCUGCACUUCGGCACCGUUGCUGUGGGCUGCACCGCUGAGAGGCAGAUCAAGCUCUAUAACCCUUCGGCAGUGAGCGCCCCCUUCCGGAUCGAAGUAGCCUCAGACAUGCUGGCCAAAGAUCAUACCUUCUCGUGCCCCACUACCAAUGGCAUUGUGCCUCCAGGAGGGGAGAAGUUAGUGUCCGUGUCCUUUCACCCCGAGACCUUGGACGUCAGAACUAUUGACUACUUGUCCAUCAUGCCAUCUGGCUGUGCCUCCCAAACCCUGCUCAAAGUCGUUGGUUUCUGUAGAGGUCCUGAUGUGUCCCUGAAACACGGCUCUGUCAACUUCAGCUGGGUCAACCUUGGGCAGAUCUCGGAGCAGUCCCUGUGGAUUGAGAACAAGUCGGACUGCACAGCCUACUUCCAGUUUGCCAUUGACUGCCAAGAGAGUAUCUUCGGCAUCAGACCAGCCUUUGGGACCCUGGUGGGCAAGGCCCGCAUGACCUUGCACUGUACCUUCCAGCCCACUCACCCCAUCAUCUACUUUCGGCGUGUGGCCUGUCUCAUCCACCACCAGGACCCGCUGUUCCUGGACCUGAUUGGGACCUGCCACUCGGACAGCACCAAGCCAGCCAUCCUGAGGCCUCAGCACCUCGCUUGGUACCACACACACCUGGCACGGGGCCUUACGUUCUACCCUCCUGACAUCCUGGGCAUCUUGCUGCGGGAGAAGAAGCUGGAGCAAGAUGAGAACGGGGCCCUCAGGAUUCCCACUGAGGACCUGGCGGACGCGUCAGCCCUGAAGUAUCCUCUCAUUCCUCCCAUGACUGAGUACUUCUUCGAUGGUACCAGCGACCUAGCCAUCUUCCCCCCACCUGUCAGCAUAGAGCCCACUGAUGUGGAUUUUGGUGCCUGCCCUGGGCCCAAGAACCCCAACCCUGUCCCCCUGUGCUUGAUGAACCACACCAAGGGCACAAUCACGGUGGUCUGGACGCAGAGGUCUGACUGCCCCUUCUGGGUGACCCCAGACACCUGUGACGUGCCUCCACUCAAGUCCAUGGCCAUGCGCCUGCACUUCCAUCCACCUUACCCCAACUGCCUGUACGCCGUGGAGCUCGAGGCCUUUGCUUUUUAUAAGGUCCUGCGGAGCUACAAUAACAUCGAGGAGGACUGUACCGUGUGUCCCUCCUGGUGCCUGACCCUCCGGGCACGAGGCCACAGCUAUCAUGCUGCCCUGGAGCACCACAUCCCUCAGUAUUCCUUGCACGCCCCCAAGCUCUUUCCUGCAGUGUCCCCCAACGAACCCUCCUACCGUAGCCUGCUGUUGAUCAACAAAGGCUCCAUGAUGUUGACCUUCAACUUGGCCCCCCAAAGCAGCUCAGACAUCUCCCUGCGUCCCAGCUCUGGCCUCGUGGCCCCCAGGGCCCACCAGAUCUUCCUCGUCUGUACCUACCCCAAGGGCAACUCCUGGAAGCAGCAUGUUUUCUACUUGCAGUUCAAUUUUUGCCUCCGGUAUCUCAAGGAGGUAAGCAUGCAGAGCCGGGAGGAGGCUCUGCAGCUGAAGCUGGACACCUGUAAGCGCGUGUUCUUCAAGCCCACCUGGGUGGGCUGCUCCUCCACCAGCCUCUUCACCUUCCGCAACCCCUCGCGUCUGCCCCUGGAGUUUGAAUGGAGGAUUUCCCAGCCGCACCGAAAGAUGCUGGCCGUCCAGCCUGCUCAGGGACUUAUCCAGCCCAGUGAGAGCCUUACGCUGACGUGGACCUUCAGCCCUCUGGAGGAGACCAAGUACCUGUUCCGAGUGGGGAUGUGGGUCUGGGAAGCCGGUCUGCCCCCAGACACCAAGCCCCCCGCCACCACCCACUACGUGCUCCGGCUGGUGGGUGUCGGCAUCACCAGCAGCCUCUCCGCGAAGGAAAAGGAGCUGGAUUUUGGGAACGUGCUGGUGAACAGCAAGCAGUCCAGGUUGCUGAUGCUUCUGAACGAUGGCAACUGCACUCUUUAUUAUCGCCUGUUCCUGGAGCAGUGCAGCCCUGAGGUCGUGGACGACAGCCCGCUCGCCUUGCAGCUGGACCGCACAGAGGGGAGCAUGCCACCCCGGUCCCAGGACACCAUCUGCUUGACUGCUUGUCCCCACCAGCGGUCCCAGUACUGCUGGAAGAUCAGCUACUCUCUCCUCUCCCACAGAGGUGACGAGGCUGGGAAGAGGCAGGAGCUGUGUCGCGUCUUCCUGACGGCUGUGUACCCCUUACUCUCCAUCCUGGAUGUCUGCUCCAUGGGCAGCGCCAAGGGCAUCACCCGGAAACACCUGUGGCGCCUCUUUUCCCUGGACAGUCUCAACGCUUACUUGGAGUGUGACCCCACGCCCUGGGAGCUCACCUACAAGGUGCCCACCCGGCACAGCACGAGCCAGAUCCCCACCAUCUUCACCCCUCUGAAGCUUGACUUCAAUUUUGGGGCAGCACCGAUAGAGGUCCUACCCUCAGUGGUGCUCUUGGCCCUGAAGAACAGCGGCGUGGUGGCCCUGGACUGGGCCUUCCUCUUUCCAAGUGACCAGCAGAUUGACCUGGAGCUGUGGGCACAGCAAGCAGAGUUUGACGCCACUGAGCUUCACCAAAUGCGUGUGCAGGACAACUGCGUGUUCUCCAUCAGCCCCAAGGCUGGGAGCCUGAGUCCUGGGCAAGAGCAGGUGGUGGAACUCAAAUACAGCCAUGUGUUCGUGGGCACCGAUCGCCUCCCAGUGCUCUUCAAAGUGUCCCAUGGCCGGGAGAUCCUGCUAAAUUUCAUAGGUGUGACAGUGAAGCAGGAGCAAAAGUAUGUGCACUUCACCUCCACCAGCCACCAGUUCGUCCCUGUCCCCAUCGGCGACACACUGCCCCCAAGGCAGAUUUAUGAGCUGUAUAAUGGUGGCUCGGUGCCCGUGACAUACGAGAUCCAGACGAACAUCCUGUCGCAGGUUCAGGAAAAAAACUUCAAUCACCCCAUCUUCAGCUGCCUCAACCCCCAAGGGGAGAUCCAGCCAGGCACAACUGCUCAGGUCUUAUGGAUCUUCUCACCUAUUGAGGCCAAGACCUACACGGUGGAUGUGCCCAUACACGUCCUGGGAUGGAACUCAGCCAUGAUUCGUUUCCAGGGAGUGGGCUAUGAUCCCCAUGUCAUGGGGGACACAGCCCCAUUCCACAACAUCUCCUCUUGGGAUGAUAACCCCAAGCAUACUAGGCUGAUGGUUCCUGGACAGAAUGUCUUCCUGUCCCAGUCCCAUAUCUCGCUGGGAAACAUUCCUGUGCAGACCAAGUGCAGCCGCCUGCUGUUCCUCAACAACAUCUCCAAGAAUGAGCCAGUUGUCUUUGAGUGGCAGCUGAAGCCUCUAGACUUUGGGGAGGUGUCUGUGAGUCCCAUGACAGGGAAGGUGGCUCCUGAAGAAACAGUCCCAUUUGUGGUGACCUUGAAGGCCUCAGUGCAUGCCAGCUUCUACAGCAUAGACCUGGUAUGCAAGGUAUACCGACAGAAACUCCUGAAUCAGUACCAUAAGGAACUACAGGAGUGGAAGGAUGAGGAAGUUCGGCAGGAAGUGGAGUUCACCAUCACAGAUAGGAAAGGGAAGGUGAGGAGGCCAGAGUGGGCCUUGAACACCACAGAUCUUUCUGACUGGCCUUACCAGGGGGGACAGAGGGAGGAGCGUAUUACGCUGCCCCCCAUCAAGAAUCAGCAGCCUCUCAGCCGGCCUGUCAGCUGGAACCUUAAGAUCCCAAAGAAGAAGAUAUUCUGGCUCUGUCCCCAGCCGCCCUCGCCAGACAUGCUGUGCUUGGGCCUCACGGCCCGGGCUCAUGCCACUGACUACUUCCUGGCCAACUUCUUCUCCGACUUUCCCCGGCACUUCCUGCACCGGGAGCUGCCAAAGAGGAAAUACCCCAAGGAGGAGUUGGAGGCUUCUGAGGGAGAAUCCCCAGACAAUUGGGCCCCCGUCUCCAAGCAGGAGAAGCAGCUCCUGAUUGACUGUCUCACCGCCAUCAUCAGGGGUCUGCUAGAAGACAAGAUCUUCCAUGAGGCUGUGGACCAAAGCCUGGUGGAGAAGAUGCCUUACUUCUGCCAGUUCUGGAAUGAGCAGUCAGCCAAGUUCACGGCCCAGAACAACACCCUGCAGUUAGCACCAGUCCUGUCUCCAUCCUCCAGCAGCUGGGAGGCCAGCAGAGACAAGGAGUCUGAGGAUGACAAACUGAGGCUGGAGAAGAAAAUGGAGGAAGAGGAGGAGAAGAGUGAAGAGGAAGAGGAGGAGCUGGAGGAGGAAGAGGAGGAAGAGGAGGAGAUGGAAGAGGAGGAGACAGGCAGAGGGGAGGAGGAGGAGGAGGAGGGGGAGAAGGAAGAGAAGGUGCCCUGGACGGGGACUGAGCCCACACUGCAGCCCACGGCCCAGGAGUCCCUGAAAUGGCGGUGGCAGCAGCAGCUGAAGGUCAUGGUGAAAGAGGAGCAAGAACAGGAUGAGAAGGAGACGACCAGCCGGCUCCCGGCGUUCGCCAACCUGCAGGAGGCGCUGCUGGAGAACAUGAUCCAGAACAUCCUGGUGGAGGCGAGCCGCGGGGAGGUGGUGCUCACUUCGCGGCCGCGCGUCAUCGCCCUGCCGCCGCUCAGCGUUUCCAGGAUUGAGACUCCCGACUUGCUUUCGGCGGCGGCCCUCGGGCUGCAGCAUGCCGAGGUGCCCCGCCUGGUGGCGCGGCCCCCUAACGACUCUCUGAGGAUGCCACAGCCCAGCCCCUCCGACUUGCUGCCCUCAGGGCCCCCCUCUCCACCGCCCCACCACUAAAGCAU